AUGACUAGAAGUUUGCAAUUGGCUGCCAGGUCUCCUUCAUUUCGGUUUCAUCCCAUGUGCAAGAGCCUAAAGCUUGUUAACUUGUGUUUUGCAGAUGAUGUUAUUUUGUUUUGGAAAGGCUCUCUUGCGGCUGUUAGUGUUCUUAAGGAUACUCUAGGGAAGUUUAGUGAGGCAUCUGGGUUGUCAAUAAAUGCUAAGAAGUCUCAAACUUAUUUUGGAGGAGUUAGUGCAGCGGAUAGGAAUGUGAUAAUGCAGGUCAUUCAGCUUCCUGAAGGGACAUUUCCUCUUCAUUAUCUUGGGGUUCCUAUGAGGCCUAUGAAAUGGAAGCAUGUGGACUGUGAGAUCAUAGUCCAAAAAAUGAGAACUAAGCUGUUUUCCUGGUCUAGUAAGCAUCUAUCUUAUGCUGGCCGUUUAUUGCUCAUUCACACGGUCCUUUUUGGCUUGAGAAACUAUUGGAUGAAUGUGUUUAUUUUACCUCAAAGCAUCAUCAAGGAGGUAGAGAAGUUAUGUAGAAUGUUCCUUUGGGGGGCCUCGGGGACUCGUAGUAAACUUCAUCUAGCAUCUUGGCAGCAGGUUUGCCUUCCUAAGGCUUAUGGAGGGCUUGGGCUCAGAGAUGGCGCUAGCUGGAAUAGAGCACUUCUAGCUAAAUAUGUUUGGGCUGUCACUACUAAACAAGAUACUCUUUGGGUCAAAUGGGUUCAGUAUGUGUACCUAAAGGGGGUUAACUUUUGGGACUAUGUUUUGAAGCAAGAUAGCAGUUGA